AUGAUGCUUCCGAGGAUCAUAUUUUGCACUGCCGUCUCUUUGGCUGUUCUAACAGUGGUUCUGUUGGCGCUAUUUUCACCCGUAGCUCACAGAAAGCCAUCAAAACACCACACAAGGCCUUGGCUGGCACUGUCCUUGUACAUUCAGCAACCUCUGAUUCCAACCCAUCAAAGGCGUCCGGUUUUGCAAUCAGAUUCUGGAGCUUUCAUCUUCCAUAGAACACUCACAAAGGGACCUGAAAACACUUCCAUGGUUGUUGGGCAAGCGCAAGGCUUUAUACUUCCUGUCAAACACUUUGAACAUUCAGCAUUCAACAUUAUUUAUCUCACCUUUGAUACACCAGAGUAUUCGGGUAGCCUCAGUGUCCAAGCAAAGCAUUUAAGCCACAAGGACAGACAAGAACUCACUGUGGUAGGAGGAACAGGUUCUUUCGCCUUUGCUCGUGGUCUUGCUGCUUUUGCAGAGGCAGCCCAGCAGUCACCAGAUGCGGAUGCCACUUACCGCAUAAAGCUGCAACUGAGAUUCCCUAAUUGA